AUGUACUUGGUGGAGAGCAGGGAUGGAGCCAUACUGUGUAUGCUGUUGCCCCUUUUCUUCUUGGGGACACGGCCCACUACUAUUACUCUUUUAGAAAGGAGAGGUCGUCUUCCUCAGCACACUUACCUUGACUACACAAUCACCAAUAUAUUGGCCGCUGUACUCAUUGCUCUCACUUUUGGUGAGAUUGGCAAGAGCACCCCUGAUAAACCAAAUUUCAUUGAUCAGCUUUAUCAGGAUAACUGGCUCUCCGUUCUGUUUGCAAUGGUGAGUGGUGUUGUACUUAGCAUUGGGAAUUUGUCCACGCAAUAUGCUUUGGCUUUGGUUGGUUUAUCAGUUGCAGAAGUGGUAUCAGCAAGCAUAACUGUUGUCAUAGGCACAAAUGUGAAUUACUUCUUGGAUGAUGGGAUCAAUAGAGCUCAGAUUCUUUUCCCAGGAGUUGGUUGCUUUUUUAUUGCAGUUUGUCUUGGUUUAGCUGUGCAUUCAUCUAACAUUUCGGAUGAUGAAGCCAAGCUCAACAAUUUGUCAGAUGAAGGCAAAGAUGGAGCCAUAUUAAUUAACAUUUCCUCCGGAAAAGAAAUAAGUGGAGUUAAGUCGAAGGAUAUAGAGAGUGGAGGGGCAGGUUCAGUAGACACGGCAAAAGCAGGAAGGGCAGCUUUUCUUGUAGAGCUUGAGAAGCAAAGAGCUAUAAAGGCAGGUUUUUGGGAGGAGUACUUUCGUUGGAUUGGCCAUAACGAUCUUUCUUACGAUGAUCCUAGUUCAUUCUAUCGUGAUGGACUUCGGGUUAAAGUGGCCCUUCCAUGUUGUGUCUUGUCCUUCUUCAAUGGGCAUGCAGAGCUUGCUUGCCAAUAUUGUGGAGGGUUUGGGCAGCUCCAAGGACACUGUUCGAAGCAGA